AUGGAGGUCGAAGUCAAUCCCAACGAGGAUACUGAAUGGAACGAUAUUCUUCGCCAACAUGGAAUCAUCCCAGAGAAACCCAAAGAUCCAGAACCCAUGAUCCAAGAAGCCCUGAUCGCGGCUGAGCAUAGGGCAUACGAGAACCGCUUGGAGGACAAGGAUCUGGAUGAACUUGCCGCACUGGAGGAAGAGGAGGACGAGGGUUUCCUCGAGCAAUACCGCCAAAAACGCCUCGCCGAAAUCAGCACCCUCCAAAAAACCAGCCUUUUCAACCAAGUGUACCCUCUCCAGAAAGUCGACUACGGCAGAGAAGUAACCGAUGCCUCCAAAGAAGCAUUUGUUCUGGUCAAUCUCACAUCCCAAGGCGCCAACGUCGAGUCGCGUGUUUUGACUGAGCUGUGGCGACAAUUGGCGGCCAAGUAUGGCGAUAUUAAGUUCUGCGAGAUUCGUGCCGACAUGUGCAUUGAGGGGUAUCCAGAGCGGAACACGCCCACUAUUCUUGUUUACAAGGAUACUGAGAUUCGGAGACAAUUGGUUACUCUGCGGGAACUGAAGGGCGUGCGGACUAAGCUUGAAGAUUUGGAACGGCUGCUCAUUGAAAUUGGAGCGCUGAAGGAGGGCGACAUGCGUCUCAAGAAGCAUGAUGAUGAAGAUGACUACAAGUCCAAGGACGAUGACCUUAACGUUGAGGAUUAUGAUGAUGACUGGGAUUAA